UUUGUAAAUACUGUAGCUUCAAAAUUUGUGAUUUUCAAUCAAAUUAUUCAUCUUGAUUCUCUGGGGUUUCUCUGUAUAUAUUUUAUAUAUAGAUUUACCCUAGAAUUAAAGAAAUUUCUUUGCCUUUUAGUUCUGACUUGAGAUUCAAUUGGGUCUCUUUUAAUAAAAUUAACUGGUUUUUGUUAGUAGAAAAACCCUUGUGCUGGGAUAAUUGUUGGGCUUUUUUUAGAGAAAUUUACUGUUUUCUUAAGGGGAAAUUAAAAUUUAAUUUUUUCAUUGCAGAAAUUAUUUGGGUCCAGAUAAAAUUUCUCGGUUUGAUUAUUUUCUCGAGAAAACUAGUGGGUUUGUUUGGUGUCUGAGAAAACCAUUGUUUCCCUGGAGUGAAAGAUCGGGGUUUGAUUUAGAAAACAAAGCAGAACAUUUAUUUUGGAGACGAUCUGCUUGUACCUGGCCAUGGCGGUUUCAACAAUAGCUCUUUACGCGAGUCCACCGGGCAGCGUAUGCUCUACGCCACACCAUAUCAACAUUAAUUCCUGUGAUUUCGACUUGAAUUCAAGAUCUUCAUCUUCAACUCCCUCUACGGCGGCUUCGACGUCGUCCCAGAGACCCAUUCUCGGUGGCCUAUCCUGCCUCUUCUCCUCACAUUCGGUAAAAUCAAGCUUUUCCAGCGGUGGAGAGGAUUUAGGGUCCUAUAGAGGGGAAGAGUUGAAGGACUUAAGCUGUUCAUUUUGUUAUUCAACCAGUAAAUUCGGCGCUUCUUCUUUUAAAACCAAUCAGAGCCCGGUAUCGGUGUUUCAGGGCCCUGUUUUGUGUAGUAGCAGCAGUCCUCCUAUGAGAAGUGCGCGCGAAAAGGGUGGAGAUGGGAAUUUUCAGGGCUCGUUCCGUAGUGGGACUAAUGGGUUGUUCAAUGGAUUCAUUAGGGGUGCUUUAGGUUCUUGCAUUGAUUAUGAUUCCACUAGUUUUGAGGCGCAAAGUAUUGCCGAUGAAUUACCGUUUACUAUGGAGGAUAAUUUCGCAGAGGAAGGGAAUUCGGAGUUGCUUUUAGGUGCACAAAUGAGGCACAAAAUCUUCCGUGAAGAUCUGGUAGUGAAGGCAUUUUAUGAAGCGGAGAAGGCGCAUAGAGGGCAGAUGCGCGCAAGUGGUGAUCCUUAUUUGCAACAUUGUGUGGAAACUGCAGUGUUGUUGGCCUCCAUUGGUGCCAAUUCUGAUGUAGUUGCUGCAGGGCUUUUGCAUGACACCGUUGAUGACUCGUGUUUGAGCUAUGAGUAUAUCUGUAGGACAUUUGGUGCCGCUGUUGCUGAUUUAGUUGAAGGGGUCUCCAAGCUUAGCCAACUGAGUAAGCUAGCACGAGAAAACAAUACUGCUAGCAGGACUGCUGAAGCAGAUCGGAUGCACACCAUGUUCCUUGCCAUGGCGGAUGCAAGAGCUGUUCUCAUUAAAUUGGCAGAUCGGUUGCAUAACAUGAUGACGCUAGAUGCUUUGCCUUUGCUCAAGCAACAAAGGUUUGCUAAGGAGACUUUGGAAAUAUUUGCACCUUUAGCCAAUCGUUUAGGAAUCUCUAAUUGGAAGGAGCAACUAGAGAAUCUAUGCUUCAAGCAUCUCGAUCCAGAUCAGCACAAAGAGCUGUCCUCCAGGGUUGUGGACUUCUUUGACGAGGCAUUGAUUACUUCUGCUAUAGAGAAACUCGAGAGAGUGCUCAGGGAUGAAGAAAUUCCUUAUCUUGUUAUCUCUGGACGACAUAAAAGUUUAUAUAGCAUUUAUUCAAAGAUGUUGAAGUAUGUUCUCGUCACUCUCUCUCACUAUGUAUAUCUAUCUAUCUUACUGUACAAGCAUGAACACCCAAAGAAGUCAGAGGAACAUGGAGACUAUCUUUAUGGUUGUAUAAGACUAUUUUGUUUUUGCAGGAAAAAGUUGACCAUGGAUGAGAUCCACGAUAUCUGCGGACUACGUGUUAUUGUUGAAAAUGUGGAUGACUGUUACAAGGCACUGAGAGUAGUUCAUCAGUUGUGGUCUGAAGUACCUGGAAAGCUGAAGGACUAUAUAACUCGCCCUAAAUUUAAUGGGUAUCAGUCCUUGCACACAGUAGUGAUGGGUGAUGGCACAGUUCCACUUGAAGUUCAAAUUCGAACAAAGGAGAUGCAUUUGCAAGCUGAGUUUGGCUUUGCAGCUCAUUGGAGAUAUAAGGAGGGUGACUGCAAGCACUCUUCAUUUGUACUUCAGAUGGUUCAGUGGGCUCGGUGGGUUGUAACUUGGCACUGUGAAACAAUGAACAAGGACCAUUCUUCAAUUGCCUAUAAUGAUUCCUUCAAACCUCACUGCUCAUUUCCUACUCAUUUGGAUGAUUGCCCAUUUUCUUAUAAGCCUCACUGCUGUGACGAUGGACCUGUCUUUGUUAUCAUGAUUGAAAAUGACAAGAUGUCGGUGCAAGAGUUUCCUGCAGACUCAACAAUGAUGGAUUUGCUGGAAAGAGCUGGGCUGGGGAACUCAAGACGGUCUCCAUUCGGGUUUACCGUGAAGGAAGAAUUGAGGCCAAGGCUGAACCAUGAGCCAGUAAACGAUCCUACAUGCAGGCUGAAGAUGGGUGAUGUGGUGGAGUUAACACCAGCCAUUCCUGACAAGUCUUUGACAGAGUAUAGGGAAGAGAUCCAACGCAUGUAUAAUAGUGGUCUCCCUGUUUCCAGUGCCGGCACUUCGGCUAGUAGUAUGAUUGCCUCAAGAACUUGACCCUGUUUUGAUUGUUUCUUUAUAAAUGCAAAAAGAAGAAAGGGUUUUUUUC